CAGCACUACUCCCGGCAGCCAUUACAGUUUGUCGACAGCCUUCGUGGAGAAAAGUUCGUGCUCCGUGUGAAAAAGUGAAAUUACCCUGGGAAAACUAGUGAAAAACUGUUCAAAAACAGCGAAAAAGUGAUCCCCAAGCCAGAAAGUGUCCCGCCGUGAAAUGGCCACCCAGCAGCAGCAGCAGCCCCUCGAUGCGAGCACGCCCGAAGACGAAAACCUGUUCAUAAACGCAAGCGACGGCCUGUCGAACGAACACCCGGCCCUGCCGUCCGCGUACGCCGACUCGGACAACGAGGACCACAAUCUGGGCGGCGGCGACGAGAACGACCUGCUCGAAGAUCUGCCCACCUCGAUUAUCGUCACCCAAAUCCACUCGGAGGUGUUCACCAGCGAGGAGCUAAAGUCCCGCAUGGAGGACCUGUUCCGCACCAUCUCCGACAAGGCCACCUUCCAGUGGCUCAAGAGCUUCCGCCGGUUGCGCGUCAACUACGACUCGGCCCUGGCCGCCGCCAACGCGCGCAUCCAACUCCACCAGUACCCCUUUGGCAAGUCCGUCAUCACGUGCUACCUGGCCCAACCCGUCACCCCGGUCUCGAACACGAACCUCAAACCGCCCGCCCUCACCAAACAGUUCCUCAUCUCGCCGCCGGCGUCCCCCCCGGCCGGCUGGGAACCCGCCGAAGAGAACGAACCCCUCGUCAACCACGACCUGCUGGCGGCCCUCGCGAACCUCACCCCCGGCGAAAUCCACGAAAUUCACGCCCAGUCCGACGAACAUCCGGGCAUUGUGCUGCACACGGCCAACACCGGCGGGGAAGUGACGGUGGCCGCGGCGGCGGACGACGAGCUGAGCAACAAAUCGUCCGCCGGCAGCAGCUUCGAGGAGGAGGACGACGAUGGGAACUUUGUCCCGCGGCGGGGACGGAUCGUGCAGACGCGGUGCCCCGAGCGGAAGAACUCGACUUAAGCUGGAACGUCUUAUGAGAGGAGGGCGAUGAUUUUAAGUUGUGUCUUUUUUUUAGAUGAAUUGGAGGAAAAGUUUUGUGUUUCGUUGUGGUUUGUCGAGGAGCGAGGCUCAGUUUUGUGUGGAUUACCGAAUUUGAAUUGUACAUAAGUGAAAGCUUUAAAUUUUGUAAAUAUCGAUAAUUGCGUUCUUGCGUCCGAGUCAUCAAACAGUCGUGUUUCCUUUUAUUUAGGGUGCUUCGUCCUUCGUUUGAGGUCAUUUGGUAAAAUCUAAGUUAGUCAUAUUCAGAAGGUAAUUCUGCGUCAACAUGGCAAAUUUUAUCAAAAUAAAAAUAAAAUCUUUUGUCAGUUCAACAGAAAAUCCAAAACUGUUAAUUAUCUGUAAAAUUAUUUUCUUUUUUCAAAACUUAAAAAAAAAAUCAAAUUAUUGAUUUACUCGAAAUUGGGCGUUCCAAGGCUUGAAACGGUGAGGGCAAUCCGAACCCGAUUUUACGUAGUUGUUCGGUAACUGGGCUGAGAACGUAGCCCAGUCACCGAAUGUUGCUCGUUAACUGGGCUGAACCAAAAAUAAAGAGGGGACCACCGAUGCAUAAUAUUUUCCAGAUGAAAUAUAAAAAUAAAAGUUACUCAAAUUUAUUUACAAUGCUUACUUUUCAUAUUUCUUGAAUUGUAACUUGAAAUUAAACAAAAGUAAAAAAAAAGUUUUUUUAUUUAUUGAAUAUGAUUUUUGCAGCCAUUAACCCCUCGGUCAUUUUGGUUUGUUUUGGUUUUUUGACGUUUGUCUGCAUUUUAACUGGGAUACGGCCCAGUUAUCGAACGCCCAGUUAAAAAGCAGCCCAGUUAAACAACGCCCAGUUACCAAACAACUACUGUAUAUACUUCCCCAUCUGAUAAAAAAUCAAAAAUGUCUCAAGGAGCUAUUACACUACGGCAAACAAACAAACUCGCACUUUUUGACAGUUUGCCAGUUUGACUGCUUUAUUUGUUUGCCGAGAUUUGUUUGUACCAACGUCAGCCUGCAUACAUUUUGCCUUGUUUGCGAGUUUGGCAAACUUUCAAACGCGAAAAAGUGCGAGUUUUUUUUGUUUGCGGUAAUGUAAUGGCUCCUUCAUUCAACAUUUGUCCUUUUUUAUAAAGUCCUUUAAACUAUUGUCUUUCAUGUGUUCAUAGAACCUAUUCAAAAAAUGCUCUAGAUUUUUGAAAUUCAAUGUUUUUAAAAUUUUAUAAAUCUCGAAUUUUAACAUUCUGAGAAUCUAAACCAUCAACUUGCCAAAAAUUGUAAAUUUCUAAAAUUUUAAACUCACCAAAUUCCCAAAAAUUUUAAAGUUUUAAAAGAUUUGAAUUUUUGAAUACCAUAAAUUUCUGAAAUUCUUGAAAUUCUGAAAGUUCAAAAUUUAUAAAAAUACUUUUGUUUUUUUAAGAGUUCUAAAUAUAUUUUUUUAAUUCGAUAAUUCUUUAAACAAAUUAUUUAUAAAGUAUUACGAUUCUUAACCUCUAAAUAACAAAAAUAAACUUGCAAAUUUCCCAAAAUUUAAAAAAAAAAUUAAAAAUCUAUAAAUGAAUUCUAAAAUUUUAACACCCCAUAAAAAGAAGUUUUGAAAUUUUGUUCUAGAAUUUGAAGAAAUUCAUAAAUAUUUAAAACUAUAAAAUAAAUAAAAAACUAGCGUACUACAGGUUUAGAACGUCAACAUGCUAGAAUUUUAAAUUUCCAAAGUUUAAAAAAUCUCUAAUUUGAAAAUUUUUGGAAAAAUCUUAAAUUUUAAAAUUCUACAUUUCUAAAACUUCAAACCUUUUCUUUUUAAUUUUCAUAAUUUGAAAGUAAAGUUUAAGUACAUUUAAAAUAAAUCAUAAAUUAAAAAAAUCGGUAAAUCCAUACAGUCCAGACUCGAUUAUCCGAAGGUUUGUAUGGGACUUCGGAUAAUCGAAUCACGAACAACAAAAAUCGUAAUUUUUAUUUUCUUUUUUUAAACAUCAAAUUUGAGUUCUGUAACAUCAUUUUAGACAAAUUUGAAUGGUUGAUU